ACUUGAGUGACAGACAUCGCUUGGAUCAUGUGGGGCAAGAGCACCUGAGUGGUGUUUGUGAGAGAGUGCAAGAGAGAGAGAGAGGGAGGACUGGCAGUAGGAGCCGGGAGCGUUGUUGUAUGAGGGAGCGGCUUGGCAGCAGCGGGAUCAGGCGACAGUAAUCGCGGCAAUUCGGAAUUAUACUGGCAGAACUAGUCGUAGCACCAGUCUUACCAGCAGCUUUGCUGAGCUCAGCUCUCCCCUCCCCCAUCACUGCCUGCCCUUGGCUUUGGAUUCAUACAUUGCAUUACAUUCUGUCCUUAGUGGAUCAUUUAGUGUUAUUUGUUGGACUGCUGCAGUUGUGCCUGUUGUUGACUAGCUGCUUCAUUUGGAUGGCUGCUGCUUAUUGUUGGGGGUUAUUCUCUGUGUUGGAGUGACCCAGUUCUGCUGUGGUGGGCGUUGGAUUACGUUCUUUUGUGUAGCCGGGUGGUUUCCAGUUUUCCCUUUUACUGCUGGCCUUUAUCGCGAUCUGCUUUGGAUCAGAGACCUAUUCCUUUUUGGUGUUUGUAGCUACAGCCCCCAUGGACUAGCCCGACUGCGGCGGGCCGCCGAUGGUGGAUGUAGGUCCGUCGGUACCGGUGGCGAUGCGGCGUUCGUUCAUGGUGCCAGAGAUCCGACCUUUGGAUCAGUAUGACGGCAGCAGGGCCAAGGUGGCAGCCAGCGUCAGCUGGCUUUUGUCCUGCUCCUAUGGCUCACCUGAGCAUGUUCCUGAGGAGCUGAGAGAGCCGUUUUACACAGACCAGUAUGAACAGGAACACAUCAAACCUCCAGUUAUUCGACUGCUGCUGAACACUGAUAUUUACUGCAGUGUGUGCAGCAAAAUCUUGCCAAAAGAAGAGGGUGGCUCAUUGCGUGAUAACAAUGCAGUGCUUCAAGUUUUGUCUCGGCAAGGACUUCAGCCCACAGAACAAGAUAAACCAGUGACGGAUACUGACCUUAGACAGAAGCCCAUCAAAAUGAAUGCACACCUGGCAGUAAUAGACUCCCUGAUGACAAUCCGCAUGAUGGAGAUGACAAGUGCCAUGACUGCGAGCUCCGACAAGCUGCUCAGCCCAAGCCCUUCCUCACCAAGCCUUGGGACUCUAGAACACAAUAUCUUGUCCUGGGUUAGCAAGAUAAAUCAGACAUUGCGAGAUUUCACGGAGAGAGAGCAUCAACUCCGGCAGCAGCACAAUAAAGCAGAUAUCCAGUCACAACAGUCGUGUCCCACACGGUGGUACUGGAAACUUGUUCCUCAUGCCAUCGCGUUUUGUUUGAAGGAGUCUGGGAAUAAGCCUCCUGUGAUCCGCUACAGAAAAGAUAAACUGCCUCCCAAGCAGACUCCCAGCUUCCCAGAAGUGAGUAGCCUGAAGGACCUGGCUAAUGGCUGUGCUCUGGCGUCAGUCAUUCAUUACUACUGCCCUGACAUCAUACGGCUGGAAGAUGUAUGCUUGAAGGAGACCAUGUCAGUAGCUGAUAGCCUGUACAACCUGCAGAUGAUUCAGGAAUUCACCUCUGAGUACCUGGAGAACUGCUGCCAUCUAGCACUGGAGGACCUACUUUAUUCUCCACUGAUCCUGAAGGUUAACAUCUUAUCAUUUGUAGCUGAAGUUUUCUGGUGGUUUGAAGAGUUGAAACCAGACUUUGUUCAUCCUAAGGAUCCACUCACCUUGGAAGAUGUGGCAAGAAUGAGUGAAGAAAACAGCCCAACAUCUGCAAGUAGCACCAGUUCUCCAGCAUUUACUUUCAGACACCCUUUCCUGUCUGGAGUCCAGCCGCUGUCUCCUGUCCGUGGAUCUCCUCGUUCUCCAGGAUCUAUGCAGCAUUCUACCUCUCUCACGCAUGAUGAUGGCUUUGGAAGGACAUGGCCUAAAAAACAGUUGAAACCAUUAUCGCAAGCUGUGUCCUUAAGUAUUCCAUUUGGACUGGACAGUGAUAUUGACAUUGUUAUGGGAAACCCUAUUUUGAGGUCAGUUAGUACAGAUAGCUUGACACCAAAUGUCUACCAGGGUCCAAAGAACAUGACACGAACUGCCUACUCACCUCCUGAAGAUCUUACUGAACUUUUAGAUAAAGGAAGUAAGUUAAAUAGCCCAAAUGGAAUUGUAACUUCACCACGGAUUUUGAAGCAUCCCCUGCUGCCUAGUAGGAGUGGAGGAAAUGGUAAAGAAUCUGGUGGAGUCCAUGUGGAAAAUGGAAUGGUAGGUGACCGUAACAGUUAUACUGAACCCCCAACAAUUGAACAAGCACUGCAGAUAAUCCACAGUUCAGACAGACUAUUGCCUGAGGGAGCUCCAGAUGAGUUUUACCUUCACUCUCCAGAAACAGCUGAUGGUUAUUCAAAGCCAAGAAUGCUUGAACAGUCCCCAUUUGACUCUCAUCCUCAAAACAGAUCUAUUGAUUCCCCUAAAGGUUUAGGAAUAUACAGAGUUCAUAGUGAGCCAACAAAUGGAUGCCAUAAGAGUUUGGAAACAUCACACCUGUCAAGAGAUGAUGACUCUGUUCUGAGAGACAAUAGCUUAGAUUCAGAUGCAGAAGAUGCAUCAAAGCUACCCCAUGACAAGGAUGCAACCAGCAGAGAUGACUGUACAUCGUGCUUGAGUUCUAUCAGUUCACAAGCUGAAAGUGUAUCUUCUAGUUCAGGUGUAAAAAUGACUAGUUUUGCAGAGCGUAAAAAGAAAAUGGCACCUCCAGACAACAAAUCUAGCAGCAGUAGUUCCCAGAAAACCACACCAGACAGUUCUGAGUUAAAUGCUCCUCAGAUGGCCACAUGGGCUCAAAAGUCUGAAGAUAGUCCUAGCAAAAGUCCCACCCUAAAUACAGAGAUGAGCCAGCUGGGGACAAGACUGGAGGAGAAACGUCGUGCCAUUGAAGCCCAGAAGAAAAGAAUUGAAGCCAUAUUUACAAAACACAGACAAAGACUUGGGAAAAGUGCUUUUCUGCAGUUGAAAAAGAAAGAUGAUGGCAGUGAUCCAGAAGGAGACUCUGGUACAGAAAACAAAAGCCUCACCUUAGAAGAACGCCUCUCAAAAAUAGAAGAUGAUGAAGAGAUUCAUAGUCCAAGUCCAGUGGGUAAUAGAGAAUCGGGGACAAAAGAACCAUCUGAUUUCAGGGAAGUACCUGGGAAAUCUAAAUCUGAGAAGCAAGUUACAUUUUCACCAGAGAUUACUAGAGGCGAUUCCCCAGACAACCUGGGUGAAUACAAUAAGGCAGUUGCAAAACUUAACUCUGCGCUGAGUUCACUCCAAAUGGAUAUGCAGAGACUAGCUGAGCAGCAACAAAAAUUGAUGAACAAGGAGAAGAGUAAGGCUUGGGUUAUUCCCGUGCCAAAACCUGUACCCCAGAGGCCCUCCAGAGAAUCUCAGAUUUCCAGGGCAGUGGAAGCCUCUUUGUCUCCUUCCCCAUCUCCAUCCCGCAAGUCGGCCACAUCUUGCCCCAAAUCACCCCAGCCAGUUCAUAAAAGACCCAGUUCUACUCCUCAGAAGAGCCCAAAACAUACAAGGCCAGCAGAACUGAAGGUCCCACCACUGACUCGAGUACUGACUCCACCUCAGAAUGUGGACACUAUACCUCACCUUCGCAAAUUUUCACCAAGUCAGGUUCCUGUGCAGACUAAAUCUUCUGUUUAUCUUACAGAUAACGACAAUUUUGGUUAUGGUUUAGGUGACAAGUUCAGGCAAAGUGGACUGUCUGAUAAAACAGCUUCAGAGUCUGAAGAGUCUUCUGAAGCAGGGUCACAUGAGUCUCAUACAGAACUUGAAAAUGAUGAUAACAUCAGACCCGCUGGUCUUUCAAUCCCACGGAAAGAAACUGUUGGGAGUCUGCUGUCUUCUGACACUGCAAACAGUGACUCCCAGAAGCAUAACCCAGAGGAACAAAAUGUGAAAAGGAUAAAUUUAAUUGAGAUACCGUUGUCUCAGUUGCAGGUUCCUGAUGAAGGCACCGAUGAUUUAGAACAUUCCAGAGAAUCUUUGGUGGACCAGAGUGACCCUGAGCAGAAGACAGGAGUUGGAUUCUUCUUCAAGAAUGAGGAGAAGGCUGAAGAGGAAAUGGCAAUAAAGAAGGCAGCACUUUUGGAGAGGCAGCAGAAGCGUGCAGAGGAGGCCAAGAAGAGAAAGCAAUGGCAAGAGGCAGAGAAAGAACAAAAAGAAGAGACCUCCCUUAGGCUACCUUCUGAAGUUGAAAAACCCAAGCCGGAGGAAAAGCCAAAGGAAGAAGAAGUCUCAAGGCGAGGAUGUUUCACAAGAGAGGAAUAUGAACGUCGCCAACAGCUAAAAAUCAUGGCGGACCUGGAUAAAGUUCUACGUCAGAAGCCUACAACUGUUAGAGCAGUAAAAAAGGCUCGUCCUAAAAGUGAAUUCAGAGAUGAUUCAGUCAUUUCCAGGAGUCCUGCAAAAAAUCAUCUAGACCAAAUUCACCCUCAAGGCUGUUAUCCCCAAGUCGGCAGUUGUUCACACAGAAUGGAGAGGACUGGGAAAAUGCCUCUACUGCAUCUUCACCUGCAUCUAUCCCUGAGAACACAGGUCGUAAGUGGUGCAAGGAGCCCAGUGCCAAAUCUAACAAGUGCAUAAUCCAAAAUGCCUUGUCCCAUUGCUGUCUGGCUGGGAAGGUCAAUGAACCACAGAAAAACAAGAUACUGGAGGAAAUGGAAAAAAGUAAAGCCAACCACUUCCUGAUCUUGUUCCGAGAUAACAGUUGCCAGUUCCGAGCUAUCUAUACCUUUUCACCAGAGUUUGAGGAGAUGAUUCGAAUUGCAGGCUAUGGACCAAAGACAAUCACUCAAAACAUGAUAGAGGGGAUAUACAAAUAUAACUCAGACAGAAAGCAGUUUACCAUGAUCCCUAGUAAAACAUUGUCUGCUAAUGUUGAUGCUUUUGUCAUUCAGGGACAGCUGUGGCAAACCAAGAAGCCAGGGGCCACCAAAAGACCAGGAACACCUAAAUAAUUGCGCUAACAAAUUUAAUUGCAGCCCUGCCCUUGUUCUGUACUGCAAAUUAAGGCUGUUACACUUCAGUUUGUAAAGGUCAUUCCAAAAUUGAAUUCUGCAGAGAGAGAAUAAUUUGAUGUAUAACCAGUAUGGCUGGGCAAAACAUAAACAAACAUUAACAGCAUUGUGGCAUUAUGGAUGACCUCGCUCUAAAACGUGAACCAGUUGCAAUCAUUUUUGGCAUGGAGAUUGUCCUGUGUAUGUGAAUCAUUCCUUCCAUCCAUCCACAUAGUAGCAGUGGACGACUUACUGAGUGACAAGUAUGGCUGCUGAAGAUCCAUUUAACAGUACCUAAGGUGGAAUGAUUUCCUUAAGAGAAGUGUUGUCUGAUGCUGUCUCUAACACAGCCAAGAAUCAGUAAUUGCCUGGUUCAGUGUAUAGAAUGUAACACAUGAAUCCCUUCUCUGCAGAAUAGAACUUCAAGGAUGUCUUCAUGGUUGGGCCAAAUGUGCAAAAAUUUGCAUUUAAUUGUCAGCAUUGUCUUGACUGCUGCUUUCAUAUUUUUUUAUACAGAAAACUUCAUAUUUUGCUUGUCAUUCCAGUUUCCAUUGAAAUUCUUGAGAAAAAGUUCUUUUCUCUAUCUCAGAAGAUGAGAUUAUGUGCUUGGGUUUGCCAGGCUAGCUUUAGAUGCCAUCAGAAUGGAAGGCAAGGGCACCACAGUGGAUCAGACAUUUCAUCAUGUUCUUCUGUCAGUCGUUAAAAUGUGAAAUAUUUGGUGUCCUGUAUCUAUGGCCUUUUUGUCCCUUCUUACGAGAACAUCUUAGGAAGUCAUCCUUACCAAUACAGAGAGGAUUCUUGGUCAGCAAGGGAGACACAGGUGGAUCCUACAUCUUAGAAAUGUUGGCACACACCUGUGGGUGUAGCCUGGCCUGGGGCCCACCGUACAAGAGUAGAAUGUCAACAGGAAGGCUGCUUGGAUAUAAAAAGUGGUCCAUUGGGAGGGCACCAUUACCUCUGAAAAGAAGUUUUAUGUUGAUGUAGUAGCAUUUGCAUUUGGGGGUUGUCAAUCAGAAUUAGUAUCAGUAUCCUGCCUUUGAGUGGAGCUGAAAAAGUGGUACGAAUAGAAAAAAAAAAAAAAACAAUCGUGGAUGUAAAUCAGUUUGACCCAUGGAAGGCUUUACUGUUGUGUAGACUGGAAAGCGGACUGUAGAUGUAUAUAUGGUAUACAGUGCAGCAAAUCAUUAGGUAAUUAAUUUCAAAGAGCUCUAUAUGUAUAUAAUGAAGCUAUUUAAUGAUUUUGCAAUGAUUUAUAUAUGAAUUGAAAUUGUUUGAUAUAAAAUGACACAGUAGGAAGGCAUGGUUCGUUAGGAAAUGAGAGACAGUGAGCUGUGCUGUGGUGACUUGUGUAUUUAAGAGAGAUUGAGUUAAUUUAUGAUGUCUUUUCUCAAUGCUGUCUGAUCAGGGAGCAAACUACCUGUUCAUCCUUAUUUGUGUUUUGUUUAGUUCUUUUUGUAUUUUCAGAAAAUCAUUGUACUGCCUUCAAACUUUUGUUUCCAGACUUUUGCUUUCAGGCUUAUAGGAGACACACUUAACCUUGCAGUACAUUAGCUUGCAGCAUUUUUUUAAUUAAAAAAAUGAACUGUAUGGGAAUACAUCAGUUUCCUCUCAUGAAAUCAUUAGAUGCUAUUGACAGUUGAGGUGAAACUUGUAAAAUCUGCUGUCCACCAAACCUAAACAAAGUCUUGUAAAGUGGAAUUCAGGGUCAUGGAUGUUUCCAGUUUUUGUUUCAGUGUGAUGAGUGAAAUGAAAGAUGCAAUGUUCAUGGAUCUUCUUGAGAUAAAAAGAGUUGAUUUUUAUCAAGUUGUCACUGCCAUGUUGAAUUUGUUACAGAACAGUAGAACAGAAACAUUAUAUCUGUUCACAUCCCUGUCCUGUAAUUCCAGAAAAAACAAAUAUACAGAUUUUGUAUGUUAUCCAUGUAACCUGUUUGUCUGCAGUGUAGAUUAUUUGCUUAUUCAUCUGCGAUGUGUAAAGUCGCAUAUGGUGUAAUUUUUACUCAUUAGUUCACUUGAAAACAUAUUUUUAGGCCAGUGGCAGUAGGUUGAGUAACGUUAUGCACAACUUGCUUGUAGUGGUAGUUCUGGAAUUUCUUUUGAGGAAGUCAGUACAUACAUUGAGCAGAGACAUUAACUGCGGAAUUCCUGGACAUCUGAGCAGUUUGCAGGUAUGAAGAACAAGCUAUACAUUUGUUGUCCAUUAACUACGGUGGUGGAAUGGGGUGCACUAAAGUUUUCAGAAAUGGGGUGCAGGAAAUCAAACCUUACAUCUCACAAAUGGCAAAAAGCUAUGUUAGCUUUAACCUACAGCUCAUCUUUUCCAGGAUUGCACUUUAAAGGCAAACCAAGUUUGCCUUUUUCCUUGUACGGAUGCAGCAGGGUUCCUACCUCUUUUGCAUACCAAGGCAUCACUUCUCGGAGCCACUAGAAGUAAGGCCCUGUUCGUGUUUCCAUUCCUAUGCCUUAUGCUGUGCUUUGUGGGAGCCCUUUCUUUUCAAAGACUCUAAAUUAAAGCAUGGUCUUGACUUGACUUUCAUUGUGACUAUAUUUGGUUAUCAAAAGAUUUUAAGAGUAAGAGAAGACUUUCAGUUUCAUACACAUCUCUCUGGAACUCCACUCUUAUCUCCUUCAUUUAAGAAUAAUGUUUUUGUGGCACUCCAUUCAGAAUUAUCCCUUCUUACCUUAUUUCUUAUUGUAGCUUGAUAGAACUUGAAGCAUUCACAAUGAUCUAUAGUUUGGGGGUAAAGUAGAAACAUUUCAGGAUUUUUUUUUCUAGAUUUUACAAACAAGCUAUGCUUCAUUUAUAAAAGCAGAAAACUGAGCUGCCACACUUUCUAAGUUAAAUGCUAGACAAAAUGUCUUUCAUAGCAGUUUCUGUUUGAUGUUAUGGUGACAAUGUAGACUGAUUUCUUCUCCUUACAAGUACUGCCUCAGACUACAGUUUAACCCAAGCACGUGUUUUCUGAGAUCAAUAUAUGGGCGAUAUGGAAACAAGCUUUGUAUAUCGGAAUGCAAUUUUGAAUAAUUUUCAAGGUUUAGAAUAUGGCUUAGAGUAAGUAAUACUGUUUAACAAAUAUGGCCACAGUUAAUAUCUAGGCACAGUUAUGAUGAAGUACCUCACUGAAGUAUGUAAGCUUUUUACAGAAUGUGAAAGCACAAAUGCAGAGUGUGAUCUAAGACACUCUUAGGAAAUAGAAAAGACCAGCCUGCCUUUGCAUCAAGGAGCCAAAUUGUAAUCCUUCUUAAAUAGGAACUGCUGCUAGUAAAUCAAUGCCCAUCACCCACAGUGAUGACAGUUUGUAGUGUUAAUUGCCGAAAUUCUAGACGGAGCAUGAAACAUGCUAUUUCAGAGUGGCUAAUGUCACUGCAAGAGAAGGCAACAGAAUAAAUAAGUAAUAAACGCAAACUUUUACUUUGAAAAAUGAAAAGUCCCUGCUAUUGACAGUAACACAAUCACUGGCUGUAGUUGUUAGUGUGUGGUCUGUAAUGCAGUGCUUUUCAGAAUACCACAAGUUUCAUACGGUAAUGCUCUUUUUGAAAGUACAUUAUGUUUAUAUGCUUAAUCUGUCAACUGGGACUUGGAUAAUGUUACUCAUAAACAUAGCAGAAGUGCACCUCUUUAUCUGAGUUUUGAAUGUACUGGAUGAUGUUGGCACAUAAUCGUGUAUCCAGUUUAACACAUGAAAAUAAUAACAUAAACACACUAUAUACCUCAGUAUUGUAGAAUAGUCCUUAUUUCAGCCCUCAUUUUAAAGUCACAUCAGAUGUGAAGCACGCUGAGCAAUAGUUUUGGUCUGAAUCAGCAAAUUAAACACACUUUGCAAGUAAGUGACCUACGUGAGCUUCUCCAAGGGUGUGUUUUGUGAUUUCACUUAGUUUUCAUAUCCUCAUGCAGUAAUAUUGGUAAUAAAUGGGUCUAUGUUAUAACACCGAAAGUUCAAAAUUGCGAAUGCUGUAAAUAUCGAAACUGCCAGACCUCAAACUCAUUAUCCACCCCCCCCCCACUAAAUAUAUAUGCCAACUCCAAGAUCGCACUACAUUGAGGAAAGGGUAAAUAUUCUGAUAUUCACUGUACUACGAUCUCAAAAAAAGCACUUCGAGGUCCAGCAUUUUUGAUAUUUACAGCAUUUGCAAUUUUGAACUUUCGGUGUUGUAAUAUAGACCCUAAUAAAUGUAGUCCACUAGCUUGUACCAUCACGGGGUGGGCUUCCUGAAUGAGACUGAUCAUUAUACAUCUGUCAGUUUGGGUAUAUGCUGGUAGUGAUCUGAAUGUUUUGAAUUUCGUCUGGCUGACCAGUCUCCCACUGGAUUUGUUUAAAAUGAACUGGAGGAUUUGUAGUGCUAGAGUGGUUAUAUGGAAAACAUGUUUGAAGCUAUAGAUUAACAGCACUCUUUUUCCCAGUUGUCAUUUUUUGAGCUACACAGUUUUGUCCUAAUCCCAUCACCUGAAGUUCAUUAGUGCACCUUAGCAGACCAUCUCUCUGUGAUUGUAGACUGCAUAUAUACACAUUUCUAAGUGGAUUAACUGUAAACUGGUUAAUUCCAGUGAUCAACACCCAUGGUACCUGGUAUCCAUUAGUUACUGGAUCCCUCCAAUCUUUGGUGCUUUUUCAUAUACCCGUACUAUUCUUACCUUGAGGUCCCUGUAAGUUAAGUGUCAGCUAGUUUACCACUGGACAUGCAUAGCAACAACCAUCAUGUGAACAGAGGAGCCAGAUGAUGAUUGAGUCUACCAUCUGUUGCACAGCUGGCCACUUAGAAUGGUCUCUGGCUUUCAGCUGGCCACUACAUCAUUAAUCAUUCAUUGUUGAAAUGUAGACUUUAGGAUGUGCUGCUACCAAAUCUCAACUAAAGUCAUGCUAGAGCAGAAUUCUGGGUCACGGUUGUUCCCAAGAUUUGCAUCACUCAAAGAGACAAGUGAAAUAAAAUGUACAGUAUCUAUGGAGUGGAUCAAGUUGAAAUGGGCUGAUAUUUUCCCCACAUGGAAAAUAACAGUGCAUCUCCACCAAUAUCUGUAAAGUUGUAUUCCAGCCGUUACAUGUAGAUGCUGUACAAUACAUGACAAAGGAAGUGACAAAUGACUCAAAUGUACUGUUUUGAUACUCGUGAGGUUAUUGGUUUUGUGAUUGUGAGGACUUCAAAAGAUUUUCAGUCCACUAAAGCUUAAAUGUUACAUAGGUGCAUCUUCACAGGUGCAUAGGUGUUUUGUUUAUUAAAUGCACAUAGAAUGACAAUUCCCAUUAUACACAUACAUAGUGAAUGUGUAAAGGUUUAUUUAAAGAGUUACGGUUGAACAUGUUGAUAUCCCAGUAAUGCUCAGGUAUAAUUGCUUCAUGUUUGUUGCCUUGCAAAGUUUCACAAGUGAAUUCAUGGGCAGGGUUAAGUGUUUUUACUGAGGAUUACUGUACAUGUAUUCACACAUCAGUUGACCAGUAAGAUGGUGAAAUUAAUUCAGGAUGUAAAACAAAUUUUCAUACAGCUGUUGCUAUGUCAGUGAAAGCAAAUUCUUAACAAAUAUGAGAAAAACAAUGUCCCAUAAUAAACUUUCAGCAAAGGAGAUGGGGGCCCCUCCAGCUUUGGUCAUACUUCAUGGAACACACUGCCUUGACAUCAUACUAAGAACUAGCUGUAAACUAAAACAGAAACACAUUUGCCCUGCUUCCACGUUUUGUGUCUUGUAAUCAGCAUGAUGUUUUCUACUCUUUGUAAGAAGACUGGUUUUGUGGGGCUUUGUCACAUUUGUAUGUUAUUUUAUUUUUGUUGUUGGUUUUCAGUUUUUGUGUGUGUGGGUAUGUGUGAGGGAGAGAGAGAAAGAGAAAAACUAUUUUGUAAACAAAGAAGUGCACUCUUUAAAUGAAGGCUUUUAGAUACUUGUAUAGUAUCAGCCAUGAAUAGAUCUGUUGUGUACACCAGAAAGCAACCUGGUGAAAGAUAAUAAAGUCAUUUAAACCAUGUA